CACCACUCCACAUCGCACCUGCGACGCAUCUCUUCGUGCAGCGCACCUCGCCCUCCGCACACAUGCCGCGCAAGACGCGCGCCGCGGUCGCUGCCGCCAAGGAGGAGCCCGAGGCUGCUGCGCCGGCCGAGGCGAAGCCCAAGGCGCGCAAGGGCCGCAAGAGCGCCGCUGCGGCCGAGGAAGCCGAGGCAGCGCCGGCAGCAGCGAAGCAGGAUGUGAAGGCGACUGCUGCGGCUGCUGAGGAGUCGCCUGUCGUCGAAGAGCCGCCUGCUGCUGCGAAGCCAAAGAAGGGCAAGGGCCGCAAGAGCGCUGCAGCUGAGGCAGCGCCGGCAGCAGCAGAGGCGGAUGCGAAGCCGACUGCUGCUGCUGCUGAGGCAGCGCCAGCCGCUGCUGAGGAGGCGCCGGCUGCGGCUGAGCCGGCAGAGGACGUCGCCAGCGCCAACUCUGGCGCGCAAGCAGAGAGCUCAGCGAGCGCAGUCGCGGCGGACGAGGAGCAGGACGAAGCUCCGGCUGCGCAGGCCGAGUCGUCUGCGGCGGGUGCCAGCGCUGAGCCGAGCGAGAAGCUCUCGAUGGCGGAGCGCAUGGCCAAGAUGAAGGAGCUGCGCAAGAAGAUGAACGACUCGACGCACGCCAACCGCCGCGCCGUCGCCGCCGAGGUCGGGCGGGCGCGUAGCAGCGCCCGCAAGGAUGCGAGCAACUCGCGCAAGCUGCAAAAGGCCGCAGAGACGCUCGACGAGCGCGACAUGCUCGAGCGUGGCGAGGACCCGGAGCGCGCGCGCAACUGGGGCUACUCGAUCGAGCAGAAUGAGAAGUGGGAGGACAAGCUGGCGGCGACAGAUGUGCGGAGAGACAAGGGCGACAUUGACCCAAACUCGGCGGCCGAGCGCGCAUACCGCCGCAAGGUGCAAGGGCUCAAGCCCGACUUGGCAUCGUACAGCGCCUCGCGGUCAGGCAGCAGCAGCUCGAGCAGCAGCAUGGCGCUGGUGCGGAGCAACGCUGGCACGUCGAGCCAGAUCGUGCGGCGAGCGGACCUGGACGUCAACGACGGCAAGCUCAGCUACGGCGGCCACAAGCCGGACGAGGCGGCCGUCGAUCGCGUCAUUUCCAACCUGAAUCUCGAGGCAUCGCUGCGCGGCAAGCGCUCGCGCAAGCGCGACGAGGAUCCCGACGCCGAGGUCAACUACAUCAACGACCGGAACAAGCACUUCAACGCGAAGGUCAAGCGCUUCUACGACGACUCGACGCGCGAGAUCCGCGAGAAUCUCGAGAGAGGCACAGCUCUGUAAUCUCGUCUCCCACCCUCUCUCUGUCAAUGCAUCGUACAUUAGACGUGUCGUAGCGGAGACGGGCGGGGAAUACAGGGGCAGCACACGUCUA